GUUGCGCGCCGCUGCCGGGUGUGGUCAGAUGGUGCCCACCCGAGCUUCGCCACCUGGCGGCGCCGGCCAUCGGGGAGGGGGCGAGGGGUCCUGGACACCCAACUCCAGCCGGGAACUUCAUUGCUUUUAAUUUGGGAGCAAGCAGGAGAUUGAGGGGAGGCGACCCGGCGCGGUGCGUGCGGUGAGGCCGCUGGGGUAGCGGAGGUGCCUCCCCCAGAGAAGCCAGCUGGGGCAGCGUCCCGCGGGGAAGAUGAGCGGCACCAGCGCCAGGUCCAACCACCUGUCGCAGCCGGUCGUCAAGAGCGUGCUGGUGUACCGCAACGGGGACCCCUUCUUCGCUGGGCGCCGCGUCGUCUUCCAGGAGAAGAAGGUGUCCAGCUUCGACGUCUUCCUGAAGGAGGUGACAGGCGGCGUUCAGGCGCCCUUUGGGGCGGUCAGGAACAUCUACACUCCCAGGACUGGCCACCGCAUCCGGAAGCUAGACCAGAUCCAGAGCGGGGGCAACUACGUGGCGGGAGGCCAGGAAGCCUUCAAGAAACUCAAUUACUUGGACAUAGGAGAAAUCAAGAAAAGACCAAUGGACGUUGUUAAUACAGAGGUGAAACCAGUAAUCCACAGCAAGAUCAAUGUGUCAGCUCGCUUUAGAAAACCGCUUCAGGAACCCUGCACUAUCUUCUUGAUUGCAAAUGGAGACCUCAUAAACCCAGCUUCUCGCCUCCUCAUCCCUAGAAAAGCCUUGACUCAGUGGGAUCAUGUACUGCAGAUGGUCACGGAAAAAAUAACUCUGAGGAGCGGGGCUGUCCACAGGCUUUAUACUUUAGAAGGAAAACUUGUUGAGAGUGCAGCAGAGUUGGAGAACGGGCAGUUUUACGUGGCUGUCGGCAGAGAUAGGUUUAAGAAAUUGCCAUAUAGUGAAUUACUUUUUGACAAGUCAACAAUGAGAAGGCCUUUUGGUCAGAAGGCUUCUUCACUACCUCCUAUUGUAGGAUCCAGAAAGUCUAAAGGGAGUGGAAAUGAUCGCCAAUCUAAAUCAACCAUUGGAUCCAGCGACAACUCAUCUCCUCAGCCCCCCAAGAGGAAAGGGAAAAAAGAAGAAGUGAAUUCAGAAAAACAGACAAAAGUGAAACAAAAUGUAAAGUUAAAGAAUUCACAACAAGCAAUUCCAAGUAGUGAUGAAGGCGUUUUCAAAGCUGGUGCAGAGAGGUCUGAAAUGCGAGGGGCAGCAGAAGUCCAUGAAGAUGAAGACACUCAGGUUGAGGUUCCAGUUGAUCAGAGGCCAGCAGAAAUAGUAGAUGAGGAAGAAGACGGAGAGAAAGCAAACAAGGAUGCAGAACAGAAAGAAGACUUUUCAGGAAUGAACGGUGACAUUGAAGAUGAAGGAGGUAGGGAGGCUGCAGACGCCCCCGAGCAAGUCGAGGAGAUCCUGGACCACAGUGAGGAGCAGGCAGCUCCCCUGCGUGUCAACGUAGGCACCGAUGAAGAAAAUGGGGAGGAACUGGACCAGGCCCAUAAUGAGCUUCAACCAGCCAUGGAGGAGGAAAGAAAGUCUCAAGGAGCUGGUAACGAACAAGAUGAGGCUGAAUUAGAUCCUCAAAGACCACCAAGGCCAGAAGUAAAAAUUACUAGUCCACAAGAAAAUGAAAACAACGAACAAAACAAGGACUAUGCUGUCGUGGCAUAGAUGAGUUUUAAAAAGAGAAUAUAUGGAUUGUAAGAAAAAUUAAGGGUGGUAAUACUUGAAUAAUAAGCACAUAGUUAUUGUUAAACAUAAUGUGAUGCUAUGGUUGAAUACUACCUACUGAAUUUUAAUAUUAGAAGCCCAAUGGAAAGACUCUAUUAACUUUUAAUAGCUACUAAAGGAGAAUAACUUAUUUUUAUGGCGUAUGUUUUUGAAAGUCAUAUACAGAAAUUAAAUUAGAGGGACAGAGGAGAAUUUCCACUGGAAGACAGUUGGCCACUUGUCUUUGUAAGGGAUCAAAAAAAAUAGGAUUACUCCUAUUGUAUACUUUAUUAUAAAUUUAGAAGUGAGAUUAUUAGAUAGCAGCUUAUUCUAAAGCACUUAUCUAAGAAGGCAUAGAAUUUUAAAGAAUUGGUAAUAGGAAGACACGCACUAUUUUCUUAAAGCAAUAAAUUCUUGAAUGUACAAGUUGCAAUUUAAUUUCAGAGACAAUUUGGUGAUGGCAAUAGAUUGAAAUGUUUCCAUGACUUGUUGACAUGCCUUUCUUUCUUCCUCCGUAGCCAAAAUACACCUUAGCUGACCUAAAAAGACAAUGAAUGCAAGAGUGUUCACUUUGGUAGGAGGAAGCAUUCUUUCAGGGUAUUAGUGACUAGUAUUUCAUAGCUUCCCUGAAGUGCAUUUAGGUUACAGUGCUUGUGGCUGUAGUGGCUCACAUUCAGGAGGGGAUCAUAAAGGAAUACCCAGUUAUGUUGCUGAGCCUGCCUGGAUGAUUUGCAAAUACUGGAAAUCCUAUGGAUUUUCAGUGAUCCAGUUGACCUUUACCAAUACUAUCCCUCCCUUCUCCCUCAUGUUUUUAUAUUAGAAAACUCCAUAUUGGUUAUUCCAAAGAUUGAAUUCUCCUCAAAUAGUUUUUUUUUUUUUUUUUUGCUUUUUACAUAAAAUAAGACAGUAUAAUAGGAAAAAAAGGGAAGGCUAUAUGAAGAGGUGGUGACUGCUCAAUUUCACUUGCUUUUAGCCUUAUUUCUGUUAAAACUUCCUUGUGGUAUUUUUACCGCUAGGGUUGUCAGCAAAUACUUAUUUUUCCUACUUGGAUAUAUUUAGACUUUCAAGCAAAUUCCUUUCUGUAUAAUUAGAAGCCAUCAGAUAGAAAGAAAUUGUUGAAACAAACUUUAAAAAUUGUCAUAAUGAAACCAGUUCCUGAUUCCAACUUUGUGGACUGAUUAAAUUAUAGUUGCCUUGUGAGGAGUGUACGGGGAAAAAUGUAAUUGCAUUAGUUUUUUUGAUUCUUAAGAGAUGAUGCUAUUCUUCCUUAAACAUAGAAGUAAUAUGUUUUUCUCAUAUUAAAGAAUAUAUUUCUAAUUAUGUAGAGUUGUAAAUUUGAAAAUUUAACUUCUAGUGCUUUUGUAGAAUUCAUCAUAAAUCAUAAAUUUAAGAUUUUUCCCUUCCAGGUUUCAAAACCAAGCAUUUAGAAUCAAAAUAAUUGGUAGUUAUGUAAAGCACUUAAUAAUACUGCAGAAAAUGGAUGUAUUUUUUUCCCCUAAGAGCUAUUUUAUUAUUUUCCACAAAUAGGAAGUAUAAGCAGAGAAUAUAAUGUAACAGUAUUUGAAAGAGAUAAUGAAUGACACAAGUAUAUAGUAAUCUGGGAGAAUGAAUUAUAAAAUGGGUACUAUAUUUCUGGUGUAAAAUCUAGAUUGUGCUUUCUACUAGUAGGCUUACUCUUUCAAAUGGUCUACACUGUGGACUACAAGCAACAGUCUUGUGUUGUUAGGGAAAUAGACCCACUGGACUUUUAAUAUCAAAUUCACACACUAUUCCAGGGUCUGGAGUCAAUGAUUUUAGAUAGUUUUUAAAAAUAAGGGAUUAAAUGUAAGAAAUUCUAACUAAUUAUCAAGGUGAUUCUUUCUCUUUUCCUUCUUUAAUGAAGAGUUUCUCUUUCUCUUGUUCUUCAUUAAUAAAGAUAUUUCUCCUGUUUUUCCUUCUGUCCUUUUCUUCACGAUACUAUAAAGCUUUAGUUAGGUUUUAGGGAACUCCUUAGAGUCAUUUUAAUGAAGCACAACACUGAUAUUUUACAUGAAAAUGACAUGUGGUGUUUUAAGGAUACUUCAAAGGUAAUAGGCCAUAAUAACUGUAAGAAAAAAAAUUUUAAAAUGGGGACAUAGUCUUGUGUGUACCUAUUUUACCAUCUGUUGACAACACAUAAUUGUGACCUACCUUGAGGAGAUGAGUAAUAACUUAUCACUUUAAAACUUUGCACAUAUAUAUUACUAAAAAGAAAAAAAGAAAGAAACAUGUCACCUAACCAAGGAAGAAAUCAUUUUAAGAGAAUUACAAUUGUGGAUAACACUUUGGGGAUGACUUUAACAUAACUGCUGAAAGUUCAUUGACCUCACAAUUAUGUCGGUUUUCUCUGUGGGGAAUGGUAGUCUCCUUGGCAGACUAGCUCCUCAAAUUAUGCGAGACUUACUGACAGAUCUGGGACCUUUAAUGUGAGUGGAUGGAAGAGAUCUGGGACAGGCUUCGUGUAUUGUUUUCUAGAGAGAGGGUGCUAUGAAAAACUUACGUUGCUUUUAUGAGAUAACCAGUAUAAUGCUUUGAGACGUUCAUUCUUUGUGAUGCUGAAUACAUAGAUUUCAUAGUUUUAAUUUUAUGAAACUUUUAUUAAACUUAACUGGAUUUUAAGACACUUGUAAACAACUGGUUUGUUAGUGAAAUUGGAACAUUAGGAGCAAUUGCAGGGCAUUGCGAAGAUUUUUGACUGAAGUCAUUUUCAGGAUAAGGAUAUUUUAUCUGACUAAGCUUCUGUUAAAAUAGCUAUUGAGGGCCCAUUGACAUCUUGUUAUAAAAUAAGGUAAUAUGACCGUAAGAUAUCUUUUUACUCAUUAUUUUUCUCUGUGGCCAUAGGAUGACUUUUUAUUUAUUAAGAUUUUUUUUCUUAGGUCUUCUGGGGAAUAUUAGAAUGCCGGACUGCUAAGAAGAGUAUGAUACUAUCAUACCUCCUGUUUUACUCUGAAAGUGUUAAUUCUUGCCAUGGUGGGUAAAGACAGAACCAUCCCAUGCAUAUGUGGCUGAGAAUUAGUCAGAUAUCUCGGCAGGCUCACAAUUGUGAAGUCAUACUAAUAUGAAAUUAUGCUAACUCUUCCAGUUUAUAUCUCAUAAACUACCAUCCUCAAAAUUUUCACUAAAUGACCUACCUUAUACCCAAAGGGUGAAGUUCAUUCACCUAGAAAAAAAUCUGUGUAUUUAAAAUUGUGAGCGGCGUUCAUUUUUUUGCUCAAGUAGCAAAAGCAAAGUUUAAAAAGUAGAUUAAUUGCUAAUAGCAUCACAUCUGAACUGUUGCCAAUCUGAACAGAAA